GUUGCUCCUCAAUAAAUCUUUGCUUCCGAAACAAUGAACGAAUUUUACAACUUUGCCCUAAAUUUUGAAAAAUCGUUUUUGGCUCGAUUUCUUCUUCUUCUGCGUCUUCUCUCCCUCUCUCUCUCUCUCUCUCUCUCUCUCUCUCUCUCUCUCUCUGUGAAAGCUGCUUUGGUCGGAAAUAAGAGAUGGAAGGAAACGAAGGAGAAGGAAGAUCGGAGAUGGAGUUCACAGAGAUCAAGGCACCCAUAGACUCCUUUGAUAGCUCUGCGAUCUUCCAUGUCGUUACAAACGUUGUAGGAUUUGUCCUUUACAUGCACCAGCAGAUCCCUUCCAUAUUGCAAGAUAUUAGUCUCGAAUUCGACACGCUACAUGCAGAGUAUCAAGAAUUGGAAAUGGUACUUACACAAACUGAAGCUAAGGCAUCUUCUCGAAGAAAGCAUGCUGGGAAAAUGAGAGAGCUCAAACAAGGUAUUAGAAGACUAGAGAAGUUAAUGAAGACAGUUUCUAGUGUCCAAACUGCUCUGCAACUAGUGAUUAGUGAGAUUCCCGAUAUCCAGGGAGUCAUCUUGGUUCUUGGUGCCAGUCCAAUAAGACCCCAACAUGUGUAUGAGAUGUGCUUCUCACAUGGAAGCAUUGUUACUGGAGGUGCAUGUGGUUUUACUAAAAGCAAAGUGGCAGAAGCAAUGUCAAGAAAGGCCAUUCGAGCAUUAAUCUCAAUAGGUGCAGGAUCCAACACAUAUGCAGGCCCUAGUAAGCUGUUCCUAUUGGUUAAAGCUCCCUCUUCUUUCAGUUCGCCUCUACAUUUUCUUCCAAAGCGUGAUUUCAGAUACAACAAAAAGAUAGUGCCCUUUAGAUUGCAAUUCAAGUGCAGAACCCAAUAUGAUGAGAAAGAUGCUUCACAUAAUGAUUCUUGGACUGCUAGUUCAAUCGCUUUGACUGAUUCUGCUUCAAAUGAUUUGAUCUGGUUUCAAUGUCGACAUGUAAUCAAGGGCCUAACUUCCAACGCUUCAGCACCAGAAGAGUGAAAAGGCCGUCAUCCCACUCAAUAUUCAUUUACCAUCCAUUUGUAGACGAGCGCUCUGUUCCACAUGCUUAGGUUCUGCAGCUGUGUACCAUUACUUAGCUUUUGCGUGGUUGACAUGGAAUCAGUUCUUGCAGCAUUUUGCUGAAGCUAACUGAAAGCAUUACCAUGAGUUAGGUCCAGCCUCAUUCGCUGACCAACAUGUCUCUCUCUCCUUCUCUCUCAGACUUGAUUUCAGUUCUGUAUUCUUGAUGGAUGCUAUUUUCUAACAAAAGAGGUUGUUUGAAUCCAAUUUCUUAGCUUAUCACAUAUUUGUUCAAGGUUCAA